GGAACUCAGCAGCAUAGAUGCAACACACGAAGCAAACGAAGAAAAAUAAAACACGAAGUGGAAGACGACGACGAUUCCGAAUCGGUGGGUUUGUUUACGACUUUUCGGUUGGACCAGUACCCGAAAGUCGGUUCACGUGUCAACAGCUUCAGCUUCAUUCCUUCCGCGAACGUCGCCGCGACACGACAUCGACGACCUCGAACUAUUUGCGCCAAGUUAUGCAAAAACCAAAAAAUUAUCAAAACUUUGCCAAGGUGAAAGUGCAUUCGCAAGUUGCAUCCACAAGUGACCAGUGUUCUUGAAAACAUCGCGACGACCUCGGACUUCACUUGCCCAAUUCGCAAGCAACCGCAGGAGUCGAAAAAAAAUCAACUCUGCCCUAUAUCCCGAUAUAGUGCCGAUCCCGUGCUGAUUUGGUGCCAAUUUGUGCGCUCCUUUAGUGCGCGAAGCCGCAGAGCCUGCUGUGCGGCACACUUGUCGCGCGCGCGUAACUCACGCACCGCUGUAUCGUUGUGUUGGUGGUGCUCACCCACACUAGUGCAGUAUCGCAUCGCAUCGCAAUCGCUAGUGGUGCUGAAAAAUGAUGAAAAUAAAACUAUCAAAACAGUACCGAACGGAAUUUUGUUGAGUGAGGACGAAGAGCAGUUCAACACAGUUCCGGCGCGGGGAGCGGAGUGCGAGAGAGAGUGAAGUGACAGAACUGUGUGUGCGGACACACAUGCAAAGACAGGAAGUGCAACCGCCAACGCAAAAAAAGUGCGUUGAAAAGUGAAGAAAGCGAAGAGAAAAACUGAAGAGUGCGGAAAUAUUUUGAACAAAAACGAUAAUUUGUGAAAAAAAACAAACGAUAUGCAAUCGCAAAAGUGAAAACGUAAAAAAAUCAAAAUAAGUGAAAAAAGUUAAGGAAAAAAAAUCUAGCAAAAUUACCUAGACAACCCUAAGAACAAAACACCCUCGCACAGCUAAAUUUAUUUGGAAUUUUCAACAUCGCAAAAAACAAUCCACUAUUUCUGCAAUAAUCGUUUCGGACUCGCUGUGUUUGAGGUUAUCAAAAUUUUAAAAUUGCUCAACCCUGGUCCCUUACUUGAAAUCAAAAGUUGUGAUCAAGUGCAUUUAACAAAGCAACCAUCGUGAUUAUGAACAUCCGCUUCGAAAACGCUGAAAUCAACUAAAUCUUCAAAUUUGUUGCCGAUUUUCAACUGAUCAAAACAAGAAACGUCAAAAUGGGCAGCAGCGAAGCGCAGACGUACUGCCUGCGAUGGAACAACCACAAGUCCAACCUGGUCGAGAUCCUCGACGCGCUCAUCAAGAUGGAGUGCUACGUGGACUGCACGAUCGUGGUGGACGAGCAGAAGCAGUUCAAGGCGCACCGCGUGGUGCUCGCCGCGAACUCGCCCUACUUCCAGUCGAUCCUGCAGGACGUCCCGAUGGACCACUGCAGCAUCCUGUUCCCGGGCGUGGCGGCCUUCGAGAUGCAGGCCCUGCUCGAGUACAUGUACACCGGCGAGGUUAACGUAACGCAAGCGCAGAUCCCGCGCAUCAUGAAGAUCGCCGAGCAGCUGGAGGUCAAGGGCCUGUUUGACAUGGCCGACCUGAAGGGUCGCUUCGAGAAGAUGGUGGUCGAACGCGAGACGGAGUUUGCCAGCAACAACAACUACGCCAGCAAGUCGUCGCAACCGCCGGUCAGUGAACAGUCGCAGCAGCAGUCGUCACCCCCGGUGAUCUCGACCUCCACGAACGUCUCGAUCGCACAGAGUAGCAGCUCAUCCCCGCCGUACACGUACAAAUCCCCCUACACCAGCCUGUACUCACGCACCAGCCCCACGGCGAUCGAGCGAGAGCGGGAACGUGAGCGGGAAAGAGACCGUGAACGCGAUCAUGAAGAACGUGAACGCCGCGAUCACUCCUCUUCGUCGACCUACUCGCAACCGCCACCCCACCAGUCCUACCCCCACGACAACGAACCCCGCCCAGAUGACCUCCCGCAAACCUCCUCGGCCGCAUCAUCAUCCUCCCAGCAGCCCCCGCAGAACCUCCGAUGGCCACUACCCGGUCAGAUCCCGGUGACCCUGCACCAGCCCCACCAACCCCUGCACAGCAUGCUCAGCUCCGUGUACGACUCCAGCUCGGACAUGAACCCACUGAAGCGCAAGAAGCUCCAAUCCAUGACGACCAUGCUGCGCGACACCCCCAUCCUGAGGAACGUCCUCGCCCAACCGAACGCCGCCGACUCCUCGCAAAGCUCGCCGUCCCCGCUCUCGCUCCAGCCGAUGCCCGGCAUGAAGCCGGAAGCGGGACCUGCCACCGCCGGCGGUCAUCACCACCCGGCCGAUCUCACCAGCAGUCACCACUCCAACGGUGGAGGUUACAAGCACCACAAGGAGCCCCUCUCGCCGUACGGUGACAAGUCGUACGACGACGAUGCCCUGCUCGACUCGCGCCUCAACUACAGCGCGGACGAUGCCCGCCUUGCGUCGUACGUCCCGCACCAGCAGCAGAAGCCCGAGUGGAAGCGCUACAAGCAGUACACCCGCCAGGACAUCAUCAACGCGAUCGAGUGCGUGCGCAAGGGCAUGAGUGCGCUGCAGGCCUCGCGCAAGUUUGGCGUCCCCUCGCGUACCCUGUACGACAAGGUGAAAAAGCUGGGCAUCACCACCGGAAGGCCGAUGAACCGAGCGAUCAAGCGUAGCCCCAGUUCCGGCGGUAGCCCGGCGCCCUUCCCGUACGGUUUGAGCGGAGCGUCGCACAUGUUCGGAGGCGAGCAGCCCAUGCCAUCGCAGUCCCAGAUGCAGCAGCACCGUGACGAAGAGGACAAGAACCGCAUGAUGAAGAUGGACCACUCGGGGCACCAUCUGCCUCCGACGAUCCCCCAUCCGGCGGCGGCCCUGCUCGAUCCGUCCUUCCUCCAGCAGGCUCUGGAGGCCCGCGGUGGAGACAUCGCCGGACGUGAAGCCCUGCACGCCAUGGCCUUUGCCGCCGCAGCCCAUGCAGCGGUCAACGGUAUCAACACCUCGCCGGGAACCCACGGCACCGCUCGCUCCCCAAGCCCGAACGUACUCAUGAAGUACAUGCGAUCGGCAAUGGGAUCCCCGGAGGAUCGCGAUCACCACCCGCGGGACUCGAGCGAAGGUGACCGACACCACCACAGCAACGGCUCCGAGGUGUACGAUCGCUCCGGAACCGAGCGGGACUCGAUGGAUCACGAAGAUCCGCGGGACGUGAGCGGCGGCGGUGACGAUCUCGUCGAGGAUCUCUCCAUGGCCCGACGCGGAGGUGCUGGCCCGGACUCGGACCGUGGAUCGGUCUCCCCGCAGCCCAUGCCCUCGAGCCAUCAACACCACCCCUCCGUUCUGUCCAUGCCCCCGCAGCAAGGUUCCGUGAUCGUGCCGGCCCCGCCCAAGAUCAAGGACGACUACAACCCGCUCAACAUCAAGCGCGAAAUCAUCGCCGACAGCAACGCCGCUCCCAUGGAGUCGUCGUAAGCCGUCGUCAAAUCAUAUCAAAUUCCGUACUAGAAAAAAGGCAAAAGUACACUGAAAAAAGAAAAGCUGUUCGUUUUUUUGGUUAAAACUUUAGUUUUUUCGGCGAGAGUAGGAACAGAUUGUAAAUAUCUCUAAAACUAUCUUGUUAUGUUAGCGAAAAGAAAACUAUCACCGUCUGUACUAUUAUUCUAGAGGACUAUUCUAUUGUUUGAAAAAGCUGUUUUCUAGUAAGUGUAAAAAAAUCUAGCAAAAAAUUUUCCCCUUUUUUCAAACUACCCCCUUCUCCCCUAUUGUUAUCACCACUGAGUGCCUAUGGAAGAAAAAUUGUCUAAACACAUUUUCUCUUUGUUUUAAACUGUUAAGUUGCAAAGCCAUAUCUCAACUCUUGAACUAGUAGCAAGAAGGCAACAAGAAAAAAAAAAGAAGUAAUAAAUGUGUUGUUAGAAAUGUUAAGCAUUAGCGUACGUGUCUAGAAGUUAGUUUUGAAAAAGGAAGAAAACGAAGGAAUGCCAUAUUCGAGUUGUACGGUAAAACGAAGAAAAACAAAGAAAAAACAUUUGUGAAGCAACAGAAUCAAACAUUGAAGAAGAAAAAAACUAUUUGUCGUUGUAAUUGAAACCAAGACUGAUUAAGCAAAAAAGAAAAAAAAAAACGAAAUGAAACGCAAUGAAAAUGUUAAAUGGGAAUGUUUCAAGUCGAAGCAAAGUGAAAACAAAACUGGUAAAUUUGUAAAAUUUUAGAAAAAUGUGGAAAUGUUUAGUGACCAACGAAAACACGAUUGCGCACCCCCCUGUAUUUUAUACCAAUUAGUGAAAGAGAAAUCGUUUGUUGAGUUGUUAAAACUACAUUUACCAAAAUCAACUUUCUAAUUGUUUUCCUUUUGAUUUUGACGCGUUACGUUCUUUCGAAUGAAUUUGCAAGACUGAUUUAGACGUUUUUUUUUUCAUCGUUUUUACCCACAUUAUAUUUAUUCGCGAGAAACUAAGACACACGAAGCAAGCAAACAAACUGGCAGCGCAAAACUGUACUAGAGAAAGCAAAAAAUAAUAUUUUUGUGGUUUAAGGUUAAAAGUUAAAAUACGCUCAUUGAAACAAUAAAUAAUUCAAUACACUGAAAUUGUGCUGGGGCGAUGCAAUACAAAAAUUACACACAACGCGAGAACUGUCCAAGUUCGAGACAUUGCCGGAGCCAGUAUAGUAAUCUAGCGAAGAAAAAACAGAAGAUGUAUGUACAUUUGUUCGGAUUAUGUUUAGUUAACAAGUAGCAUUAUUUUUUUAUUUUAACUUAAAUAAUCACUACUAGAAAUGUAAUGCAAGCAAAAAAGCAACAAAAAAACGAAACCGUAAUCAAAAGAAAAACAAGUUCCAAACGCAAAAAACAUAAUCUAAUCGUUGCCUGUAGUUGUUAGUUAAUUUUUAUUUCUUUCCUUUUUUAUAAGGAAAAAGGUUAUUCUUUUUCCAAAAUGCAACAGAAAUACGAACGUAGUGAACUAGUGAACACCCUAUUAAAGAGAGAGAGAAAUAAUCGUUUUUUUAGUUUAAGUUAUCGGAAGUUCAUUGACAAAAUGUAAUGAGUAUCCUUACAUUGGUAUAUUUUUCUUUUUGGAAAAAUGCAUGUAUUCUGUAGAUGAGAGAGCAACCAAUAUUUGAUGGGAAAACUUUAUAUUAAAUGUAUAGAAAUCAAGAGCAUGGAAUAAAAACGUGAUCAAAAAUA